UUAUAUGCAUUUGUUAUAUUGUAGUUAAUAUAUUUUAAAUAUUACAUAUGUCAAGUGAUUCACUUUUUCGUAAAAAUAAAAUUCAAGUUCAUUAUUGGGUUGUACUCGUCCGUAAUAAGCUACGUUAAAUAUGAUGUAUUUUUAGGUUCAUUUAAUGACAUUAAGUUUAAAUUUGAUUAAGGAAAACUCAUUAAUUUAACUGAAAAAUACAAGCAUUAAAAUAGGUAGGUUCAUUUAAUGACAUUAAAUUUAUAUUUGAAUAAGGAGAACACAUUAAUCUAACUGAAAAAACAAGCAUUAAAAUAGGAAAUUCAAUUUAAUUAUUAGUGGCAUGGAAGUGUAAUUAACUUUAAAAAUUAAAGGGUAUUUUCUAAUGAGUAUUUCUCUUUUAAUAAUAGAGAUAUAAAGGAAAUAAAACAAAUAAUGUAAUAAACUCCUUCCUGUCAACGCCAUAUCUUCAUUAAUUUACUACUAGCUUUAGGUAAAUAGUUAGGCCGCAUUAAUCCGUACAUAAGAAAAUACAUUUUUACAUUACUCCAUUACCCUCCCUAUGAUCGACCUUCAUUUUCCGCCGCCGCUUCAACCGUCUAUAGACACCGCGACCACCACUUUAAUGUCGCCACCGUCGUGGCAUUUAUACAUUUUGAUAUCCUUAUUUUGUAUAUAUAUAGGUACUAUACAAAAUUGUAUCCUUCUUCGUAUACAUCUUUUUUGAACCCUAAGGAAAUGUGUCUCUUCCGACCCGUAUGGAAGGCUUAUUCUUCAUCCUCUUAUUCUCCAAUUUUCUCAACCCGUAUGAUGAAUUGCAUGCUACUUUCUGUUUUAUUUUCCUUUGUCUACCUUCUUGCCUCCCUCUCCAUAUCAAUGCUUCAGUCUAAAGACAAUAUUAAUUCCUACUUCUCAUCUUCUCAAGAUCAACCUCAGAGCCUUACAGAGAUCGAUCACAUUGUCUUUGGGAUCGGAUCGAGCUUGAACUCGUGGCCUGCACGUAGAGAUUAUGUUAAGCUUUGGUGGGAUACUCAAAGAAUGAGAGGGUGUGUAUUUGUUGACCAACCUCUCUCGGCUUUGGAGAACAACACAGAUUCUCAUCUUCUCCAUCCGAUUUGUGUUUCUGAAGAUACGUCACGGUUUAGAUACACUUGCGCAGGAGGCGACAGACGCGCGAUUAGAAUCGCGCGGUGCGUUUUAGAAACUGUAAGAAUGUUUAAUACCUCUGCACAUGAAGUAAGAUGGUACGUGUUUGGAGACGACGACACGAUAUUCAUCCCGAAAAAUCUUGCAAGAACACUCUCUAAGUAUGACCACAGAUCUUGGUAUUACAUAGGAGCUGCCUCAGAGAUUUAUGAGUCGAACAGGGUGUUUGGAAACGACAUGGCGUUUGGCGGUGGAGGAAUCGCUUUAAGCAGUUCGUUAGCUAACGUUUUAGCUAAAAAUUUUGAUUCUUGCAUCGAACGGUAUCCAUAUUUGUACGGAGGAGACUCUAGGAUUCAUGCUUGUGUGCUUGAGCUUGGAGUUGGUUUGUCUCACGAACCUGGCUUCCAUCAGUUUGAUCUGAAUGGAAAUGCAUUGGGAAUAUUGACCUCACAUUCAACGAGACCAUUGGUGUCUCUACAUCACAUGUCCCACCUUGAUCCACUUUUCCCAAACUCAACCACUUUCUCAGCCGUCCAACACCUCUUCUCCGCCGUAGAACUUGAUCCUCUCCGUAUACUUCAACUCUCCGUUUGCUACGACCGUCGGUACUCUUGGACCAUCUCUGUCUCCUGGGGAUAUACUGUUCAGAUUGAGAGUAGGCAUAUGUUUGUACGUGAUGUUUUGCGAACACAACAAACGUUCCGACCAUGGCAAAAUUUCGGCGGGUUGGCAAGUGUGUACACAUUCAACACAAGAGAGUUUAAUCCUGAUCCCUGUAAAAGACCUGUCACUUUCUUCAUGGAAUAUGUUUCCUCUCAUCCCGGUGAUGGAACUAUGAAAAGUGUGUAUAAGCAAGCUUACGAGAAUUGCACUUAUGAUCCCACUUCAUCGCCCCGCAAAAUUGAAGAGAUUAGAGUGUUCUCAACAAGACUCGAUCCCCAUAUCAGACAAUUGAAGGCUCCGAGAAGACAGUGCUGUGAUAUUUUACAUAAUUCGACCGAAGGAAAAGUAAUGGAAAUUGCGAUUCGAGAAUGCAAAGAGGAUGAAUUCAUCUAUAUGCAACCCUAGUCGCAACGUAACUAAUAUACUAGUAUACCCUCCUGUUUUUCAUUGCUAUCCAAAUGUAACCUAUAUCGUUGCAAAAUAGUUUUUAUUUUCCGUAUACUAUAUAUAUUAAACUGUUAAUCAGCUUGUUACCUUUCAACUUUUAAGAUUUGCGGUUAACUAUUUUUGAUAUAUUCACCGGCCGUAACAUCCUUUAAGAAAUGUAUGUAUUUGAAUUGAGAAUCUAUGAACAUGCAACAAUAAAAUAAGUAUGAUGGUAAUAUAAUCUUUUUCUGGCCAAUGGUCAAAAGACUCAAAACAUAUAAUAGAUGUACGAGAACGGGAGAGAAGAGGAUUUGAAUAGCACGAAAAGAAUGAAUCAGUGAACACGCGUUGGCAAAUUAAAAAAAAAAAAUCGGAACUUCAGUUAAGGGUGGCUAAAUUAUUAUUUCUUAGGUAUCCAUUUAAAGAAUGAUAGUUUACUUGUAUCACAAGAUAAGAAUCCAACAUUUUGAUAGCACUUAGCAGUGUAGAAUAAAGGCAAGUCACAAUAACGAAAUUUAAAUGUGAACAAACCGGGAGUCUGGUUUAGCAUGAUCGGAAAAUAACGUUAAUCUCUUAUAUACUAAAGCGCAAGUCGUUUCACCAAUCAAAUUAUGCCAAGUAAUUCUUUUACAAAAAAAAAUAUAGCAACAGAAAAAUAAUGUUUCCAACGUAUCCACUACCUUCAAAUCUUCCUUUCUUUCGCAAACUUUUCUUUUUCUAUUCCAAUAUAUAUUUUUAAAAUUCAGUAAACAAAUGGCAGCCAAAGUCUCGAUCAAUAGAAGAGCAAAUUAAGAUAAUUCACCUUCCUUCUUUUUCAAAUUCAAUACCAUAGAUACAAAACUGGAGCCGUAUAUAAAAUAUUAUGAGCCAAUGCCAAGUUCCAGUAGAAUAUAUUCUCCAGUGACACUAUCUUUCUUCUUUGCGACGAAGAAAAAUCAAGAAACUGGAUAUGUGGCUCUGAAUUACUGGAGAUUCAACCAGUGCAAAGAGAUUAAGAUCCGACUAAAAAGGAUAAAGGAGGAGGAUAGAACACGCAGUGACACAAACAUGGUGCUAUACGAGGAACAAAUUUUGAUAAAAGGUAAAAUUGCUUCUAUUUUAAUUAUUUCCUCCUGUACUAUAUGCUUUACAACAAAAUAUAGAAUGAAAACACCAUUUAAGUACUACGGUGGGUAUUUUGAUACAAAAUGUAAUAAAAGAAAUGAGUUAUAGAUUGUAAGAUAAGAAUGAGGAAAAAAAAACACGAAAAACAAGACAUGGAGAAGUAAAACAAAAGCUUCAAACUAAUAUUUAUAUUCAGUGAACUAAUUAAGAUCAAUGUGGUUUUGAAAACUAAUUAACUUAUAUUUUAUAUGUCGCUAAUUAGAGAUAACUGACAAGUGUUAAUGGUUUGAUUUUUAUACUCAUAUUCUUAUGAUUAUUCAAAGUUUGUUUUGAAGAAGAAGAUUAAUCAAACUUAUUUUAU